GCGCUGAGUCAGUCACGUGACAGAAUGCGGAAGUUGACCAUUUUGAGCUGAAAAACAAAACAUUCGUAGGUGGUGAGGAGUUAUUCAAUCUGCACUGACGUAACUCCGGUCCACUGGAGUGGUUGCGCACACUGUACCGUGUAACUCGACAGUUAUACCCGGGAUCUGGGACGAUGCUGAGCGCAGCGGCCGCAGAGAGGAAUAAGGAGCCGAUCCUGUCGGUGCUCCGGGAGAACGUGAACGUCGGGAGACCCCUGCAGGCUCUGGAGAUCUCCUCCGGUACUGGGCAGCAUGUCACACACUUCGCUCAGGCCCUGCGGAAUAUCAUCUGGCAGCCUUCAGAGUAUGACCGACAGUCCUUGGCCAGUAUAGAAGCGUACAGAGCGCACUAUCAGCUGCACAAUGUGAGACCAGUCAUCCACCUGGAUGCUUCUCUGCCUCAUCAGUACUGGGGAGGCAUCCAGUCAGAGAGCCUUGAUCUGGUAGUCAAUAUCAACAUGAUACACAUUACUCCCAUGGCUUGCACGGAGGGUUUAUUCAGAGGGGCUGGGGCAGUGUUGAAGCCGCAGGGUCUUCUCCUGACAUAUGGACCAUACGCAGUAAACGGUCAUAUCACCCCUCAAAGUAAUGUGGACUUUGACUACAGCUUACGGCAGAGGAAUCCAGAGUGGGGACUCAGGGAUAUCUCCCUCCUCAGUUCUAUAGCACAAAGAAACGGUUUAUUCCUGGAGAAACUAAUGGAUAUGCCUGCAAACAACAAGUGUCUUCUGUUCAGGAAGGAGAGUCUGGUGUGAAGGAUCCUGUCAGACCUGUUCUGGAAGAUGACCAGCACUGGAGGUCAAAAUGCCUUAACUUACACUUGAAGCUCAGACACAGUGCCAAAAAAUGUCAAGAACUGUUAAUGAAUCAUUUACCAACUGUUCAACACAACAAGAUCAAAUGAAACCAGGACUGAAAUUCUGUAAUCUCAUAUGAUAUACUCCUGUAUCGCACACUUAAGUAAAAUUAUUAAGGCUUAAAUAUA